AUGGCGGAAGCGCUUGAUGUAGCUAAAGGGACCGAAGUAGUCAAUUUGACAAUAUGUUCUAUCUGUUACGAAGUUUAUAAAAGUCCGAAAUCUCUACCAUUGUGUCUACAUACUUUCUGUAAGAACUGUAUAUCAUCGUAUGCUUCUUCUGUUCUUAAGUCGUCAAAUAGUGACAACAAAUCGGAGUUACUAUGUCCCAUUUGCAGAAGGAAGUACAUCAUAGUAGAUGAUCUAACAAAAUGGAUUAAUGGACUACCGCAUAACCACGUGAUUGAUCAGUUAAUUGGGCUGAUGGAGAAGUCGGAAAAUGAGUGCGAUUCUUGCAAACGGCGUGAAAAGGAAUCAGUCGCAACAAACAGGUGUUUAGACUGUUGUGACAAUUUGUGUGAUGACUGCACAUGUUAUCAUAAAGGUCACCGCUACUCUAUGGAUCAUACAGUGCUGAAGAUAGAGGAACUAAAGUCACAAAAACAGGCUGGUUUCCAUAUGUUUUGCAAGAAACACGAAAACAGGAAACUGGAGGUUUACUGUUUCGAUCACGAGGGGCCUUACUGUUUGAUGUGUGCAACAAUGGAACAUCGGACGUGUAAACAAGUUGAAAGUUUAGAGGAGUGUUCGAAGCUGUAUACAGAGGAGAAACUGACGUCAUUCCGCCAAAGGCUAGAUAUGUUGUAUAGAAGAAGUAAAGGACAUCUUGAACAUUUACACGUGCAGAAAAAUGAUUUCCAUUCAAACGUUUCUUUAAUCCUUGAUCGCAUUAGAACUGACAAAGAAAAAACAUUUCAAUUCUUAAAUGAGAAAGAAGCUGCAAUUUGCAGUGAAUACGUUCCAUUGAAAAAGUUAAGGAACUCGUAUACAAAGACAGAGAAAACCAAACACAAAUUCAUUGUACAUCUGAGAAAAGCUUAG